AUGGAGACUCGUCAGGACUGCUGCCACAGUUUCAACAGGAUGCUGAGUCCCAGAGCCGAUGAGGACCAGCAACAACAGCACGGUGGGAAUGCAAUGGUCCUGAUGCCUGGAGAGGAAGGAGGCAAGAAAGGGCUUGUACAGAGCGAGCUUGCUCAGGGUGCGCUUUAUCAGGGCGAGCUUGCUCUGGGUGAACGUGCCCCAAUCAAGCCUGCUCAAGAAGAGCUUGCUCAGUCCAGUCUUCAUCAGGAAGCCACAGGAGUGGUAGAGGAGGGAGGAAACGAAGAAGAAGAAUUGGAAGGAGGCCAUGCUGACUAUGGAAGUUCUGGCCCCAUACACAAGGGGAUCCACGAGGAACGUGCUCAUGGAGGCGGUGUUCAGCAUCAGCCUCAGCAAGAGGCGGUAAUGCCUGAGGGCACCAAGAGUCUCCAGGCUGGGGACAGGCUGCCUUCCCGGCGUCGCAUCAGAUUCACCCUGUCUCAGCUGCAGAAACUGGAGCGUCUUUUCCAAGAGACUCGCUACCCCAGCUUGCGAGCAAGGAAGGAACUUGCAAGAUGCAUUGGAGUGCCAGAAGCCGAUGUGCUGAAUUGGUUUAGGUACAGGAGAGUCAUUUUCAAAAGAAGCACUAGACUGGUAGUGCUGAUGGAUGCAUCACCUGAUCCCCAGAACAAGGAUCCCUGA